AUGGAGACACCAUAUCAGAACCACAUAGACAAGGCAGAUUUUGAUUUUGUGUAUGAACCAGCCGAAGACAGUUUCCUCUUGAUUGAUGCUUUAGAAAAAGAUCUUGAAUAUUUACAAUUAAGGAAACCUACAUUCUGCUUAGAAGUCGGUUCUGGUAGUGGUGUUGUUAUAACUGCAUUGGGAAUGGCAUUACCUAAAGCACUUUGUUUUAGCACCGACAUAAAUUUGAAAGCAUGCAAUAUGACAAAGAGCACUGCGAUUAGAAACAAUGUUUUAUUGGAUUCCAUUAACAUGGAUUUGGCUACUGGCUUUGUGCAUCAUAAAUUUGAUGUUGUUAUUUUUAACCCUCCGUAUGUAGUGACAGAGACCAAUGAAUGUGGUGGAUGUGGUAUAGAGGCGAGUUGGGCUGGAGGUGUCAAAGGUAGAGAAAUUACAGACAGGCUACUCCACAUGAUACCAAAGAUACUAACCCCAAAUGGCACUUUCUACCUACUACUAAUUGAAGAUAACAUUCCACUAGAAGUUGUACAAAUUAUGUCUACAUAUAAUUACAAAUCUGAGACAGUAAUCACCAGAAAAGUAAGAAAUGAACAACAAUUGGUUUUAAAGUUUUAUAGAUAAAAAAAAAUUUAUUAUUACACAAUAAUAUAACAAUAUUUUAUAGCUAUAAGAAUGUCUUGAUAUUGUAUGUAUAAUAUAUAAAAAUAUGUUUGCAGUUUA